AUGAAAGCAUUAACCAUCUUCAUCAAUCCAAGUGAGAGACUCCAAAUAGAGUACCGAAAUCGAGUAUUAGACGUGAAUCCUCCCACCGUAUAUCUCUAUCUAAUUUUACCGAAAUCGGCGGAAUACUUCACCUGGGUGAGCAACUCAGAGUACAUUGCUGAUGUGAAGUAUUUAACAUCCUUUUGGGGUUUUGUCUGGGCAGUAGUGGGCACCGCACGCGCCGACCCAACUACAGGGUUGUCCACCAUGAAGGCAAGUUUGGAUCUUGCAUUUGUGAAGACAACACACAUCUCCUCCGCAAAGUCAUGGCGUAGCGGGGUUGGCGUGGUCAUUGUUGACUUCUUCGGUAGGGUUGGGCAGAGCGACCGCAAAGUUAGCGGCGGCCAAAGUGACGAGAAGAGAGAUCUGCAUGGUUGGCAAUCCAAUUGGACGAAGGAAUGUAAAACAGCGGUAAGUUAUGCAAGAUCGAAUUUCCACCGAGACCAUAGGAUAUCCCAUUGCCGGCGCAAACAUUAUGUCACCACCAAUACUAGGUCCCUUCACUUGAAAGGGGGCCCCCCUAACCGUGAUCGACGCAUUCUUGGAGUUUCCUCUUCACACAAAACCUUCACCAUAUGGGCUCGAGCUAACCAAAUAGGAUUGAAUAUUACGCUACUGUGCUCAAAUUCAAUGGUGGUGAUAGUGGUUCGUUUGAUAUUAAGGACACUCUACACGGAAGUCCUCAAAUAUCUUCUUAAUAAGGGGCCACCACUAACUGGGUUUCGAUCUAAGCGGGGAAGAAAUGCAAGCGUCAAGAGGGAACUCCUAGAGAGGCUCAAGUGCCUGACUCCGUCUUUCGAGCACUUCAACUCGUAUACUGAGGUGGUACCCCUUGUACUAGGAAGAGGCGAAGAUUUUAGCAUUCCUCUCCAAGCUUGCUCUCUUCAUAAGGAGCCAGUUUCACUGUUUGAACACAUGGCAGGGGUUAUUAUUGGCAUAUAUUUGUAUCCUGUUGACGCUGGUCUUAAUCCAAGCAACGGUGAGGUUCUUGGGGUGAGAGUACGUGAGAUUGUGAGUCCUGCCCUAGAAUAA